AGCUUUCAGUACCCGUUUGAAAUGGGUUGAAGGCAGAUCCGUACCGGAGGUUAUUUUUUGUUACGCUUUAAGUUUAUGAGUUGUCGGGACCGGCGUGGAGGGGGAAGAAGGAGAGUCGAGGGGAAUUUUCCGGACUGGGAUUUUUCGGAUUUUGGUUUAAUUCCGGUCCGUGGUACGUAGUGAGCGGUGAGCGGUGCAAGUGGACUGUGUGUGUACAAGUACAGGGUGUAUGUACAGGGUGUACGGUGUACGUGUACGUGAACCCUACCCAGCUACUAGGGGGAGGAGAUAGGCAAGGCUGUCUGAUCGAUCGUCUACAUCUCAGAUGCAGUGUUCCUGACCGUCGUCUCCACAGACUUCCCAUGGUGAACAUGGCAGAAGCAGAGCCCGCGGCGAUGUUCCUGACAGCCUCACAUCAUCGUCUGCAGAGCCUGGACGUGGACAUGACCUCAGACGCGGACUCAGAGCCGGACGAGGCACCAUCGCUCCUCAUGAUGCGCUCCUUCCACCCGACCAGUGGCGAACUCAAGAGAAACAAGAGGAAGAACUUCCAGCCGAGAAACAUCUCCUACGAGGAUCCGGAGGUCUUCAGGAGGAGCCGCGAUAGCAGUGGUGACUCUGGAGACGAAGGCGAGGCUCUGGACUUGAGCAACGCUGACGCAGUUCCUAGUGGAAACAAGAGGUUUCGAAAGACUUUGUUGGCUCCUCCCGCGAAGAGGUUCGAAGAACGCAACGACCACGAGAACGCGCCUGUGCCCAUGGACCUUAGUUGUGGCAAGUCACAUAGUGAUUAUCCCGACGAGUCAGUGCACAGUGAGACCGAGUCAAACUCUGAGGACAGUGAGAGGACCGAGUCCAGCAGCAAACGCGAGUUCCAACAAGCAUCGCCUCACCAAUACCUCCUGCACCACGCGUUCCUCAACCAGCCCCAGGAUGCGUCUGAUCUCAAGGAGUACGCCCAGAACACUGUCAAGGAGUUGCUGGAGAUCUACGGCCUCAACAGCGCGGAGGUCGCUGAGUCAAUCACUAACAACGUCCCCAUCUCCAAUUUCAACUCAGGGAAGAUACUGGAGUCGCUAUCAGCAAGGGCAAUGGGCCUCAGGAUGGGGGGCCCCGCGGGCCCUACCAGCCCCGGAUCACAGCCCCCUACACCUCCUCGCACACCAUUGUCGCCCCACAAGGCCGCGUCUAGCCCAGGGCCCCGACCCCAGGGUACUGCGGGCCCCAAACCUACGGCGAGCGCUGUCGAGACCAUGGCAGCCAAGUUUGCCGGUCUGGCAUCCAACAACAACUCUAGGCUGAGCUUGCCGCAGAACAUGGCUACGAUCCUUGCUCUGGCGGCGAUGCAGGACCGCCAAGGACCCAAAACUCCCGCCAGUGGGACUUCAACUCCUUCAACAUCCAACAACGAGUCGCCAGCCUCCCUCACUGGCACCCCCAGGAUGCCGCUGAGCCCCAGCAGUGUCCGCGACCCAUCCAAGGUCUCCGCCCCCGUGGACUACUCUAGGUACGUCCGACGGUUCUCUAGCGCUCUGGAGUGCAACAACACUUACUGCAAGGAUCUCAACUAUAGGGAGCAUUUCCACUGUCUGGACUGCAACUCCCGCGUGUUCGUCAAGAAGGAGGAGAUGAUUCGUCACUUCAAGUGGCACAAGAAGCGAGACGAGAGUUUACAGCAUGGAUUCAUGAGGUACUCUCCUAGUGACGACUGCAGUGAUCGCUACCACAACUGUACACACAACAGGAAACAGACGCACUACCACUGCAUACAGGGUACAUGUGAUAAGGUGUACAUCAGCACCUCGGAUGUCCAGAUGCACGCCAACUACCACCGCAAGGACUCCGCCAUCAUCCAGGAAGGGUUCCAGCGACUGAGGGCCACCGAGGAGUGUCGCACUCCAUAUUGCGCCUUCUUCGGCCAGCGGACCACGCACUUCCACUGUCGUCGAGAACACUGUCAGUUCACGUUCAAGAAUAAGGCUGACAUGGAAAAACACAAAACAUAUCACAUCAAAGACGAACAGUUGGCUCGAGACGGUUUCAAGAAGUUCCUCAAGCCGGACAUUUGCGGGUUCCCCAACUGCCGGUUCUCACAAGUCUGCAACCACAUCCACUGUGUGCGAGACGGCUGUUCUUACGUGCUGCACUCGAGUGGUCAGCUGCUGAGUCACAAGCGCAAACACGAGCGCAAGGACAGUGAGAUUGCCUACCGCAAGUUCAAACUGGCGCAACAAGCAGUGGUCAACCUGGCAAACAGUGAACACUUGGCUCAGCACGGAGACUCCACCAGCUCCCUACAGCUACUUCAGCAAGCGUCCUCCCUGGCAGCCCUGACUGCACUCCACGACAGCAACUUCAGUAACAGCUCCAGCGAGGGACGGUCCUCCCCUACCCGGGUCCCUAGGACACCCCAGCCUCCCGGAGCAUCCCUACACUCUCCCGCCUCCGCGCUGGACCUUAGCAGUGAGGAGGGCAGUGACUCAUGGGCCCAUCAUCCCACAGGGCUGUGCCCCGCUGGCCCAAAGUGUGGACUGUUCCAAACUGACCAUUAUCACUGCAAGGAGCCUAACUGUGAUAUGCCUUUUAGGUGUCGUGAGAGUGCGGAAGGUCACGCCAAGAUUCAUGAGGCCCAAGACAGAGUCAGUGACAACUUCUACCAAGGUAGUCCUGCGACCUGUCAGGAGAACUGUCCUCGCGACCUUCACUUCCAUUGCACCUGGGAGGGUUGCAAUGACGCUGUUUUACCAAAUGAGCGCUUCGAUCACUUUAGGAAUCAUGAAGUCACUGCUAGUCAAAAUAACUCCUUGGACGCCUUGUUUCGACGGAAAAGAGGCCGACCUCCGAAGAACAGGGUCAUCGAGGUUUGGAAUGAUUAUGCUGGAGGUAUGGGUUCUGACUCGCCACAGGCCAUCUUCACUAGCUUCAAGUUGCCUAAGCCUGCUGGAGUUCCCCCCGCCGUGGGGCUAGGUCUGGCCCCGUCUGGACCCGACACUCUAGACCCUCGCACUCCCUCCCCCGCUGAGGCACCUGCUAGGCCUUCAUUACAGAUGCUGGAGAUGCAUGGUUUCCAAGCGUACAACGAUGGAUGCCCAGACCCUCUGUGCCUCUACUCGGCCAAGCCGUUACACUACCACUGCAGUCGACAGCGAUGCUUCUUUGCGACUGACAGUGAGGAACAGCUGUUAGCACACUCUAAGGAUUUCCACGACAACAUUGAAAUCCUCGAUGGAUUCCUGUUCUUCGACAGAUCUGUUGACUGCAGACUGGAGAGUUGUGUUAGCAACAAAGUGAACCGUCACUUCCACUGUGUGCGGCCGGGCUGCGGCUACUCCUUUGUACGUUACUCCUCCAUGUCUCUGCACCAAGCCAAGCAUCUGGCGGAGAACAGCGGGGGCAUGAGCUGCGGAGGGGACACCACGCUUGACCUCAGUUCUAAUGACAAUAGAGAACAACACAUUUACCCACCGCAACAUCUUCAACAUCAAGCACAAAAUCAACACCAACUGGCUGGUUCUCCGAUAAAAGAACAUCCUCAAUCUCAAACUCCCACAGGACAAUCCACUCCUGGAAUGCUAACAUCAGCCCUACAACCACCAGAGAAUGGAUCAGCUGCUAGGACAACAGUGGUGAAGGCAUCAGGGACUUUCUACCCCCUCUGUGGCUUAACCAAUGCUAGGAGUUCUUCCCCCAAUGCAGAGGUCGCAGUAAAGUCAGAGCCGCAGUCUGAGCCGCACGCUCUCCCGGAGUGGAUGAGCGUAGAGCGUCACGAGCGCUAUGGCCCCGAGCUGUCUUGCAGUCGACCCUUCUGCAAACUCAAACGCAAGGAGCAUUACCACUGCAACGCCUGCAAUCAGGCAUUCUCUGAGCUGGAGAGGUUGAGGCCACACAUAGCCAAGCAUAGUCCCAGCGCCAUCCCUCCCAUAAUGGUGAAGCAAGAACAUAACAACAAUGAGGAGGGAGAAGAACACCCUCAUCCAGCUCUUGGUAUGAUGCCGAUGAACCUAGAGAGUGGUGAGCUGUUGCCCCCGCCUCCUCCCCCACACUACCCUGGGUUUGGAGCCGCAAUGGCUGCGGCUGUAGCGGCGAACCAGCAGCUGGCGAUGAUGACUUCACAAGGCAUCCCCUUCCUCCCCCACGGCAUGCCUGCCCUCUACACCUCGCCCUCUGGACUCAUGUUUACUGCACACCCUGGAUUCUCACCACAUCACGCUGCCCUCAUGGGCAACGGAUUGCUAGAGUCUGCCAGAGCGUCCAUGGGUCUAGGCGCUGGAGACCACAGUGCAGCAGACUCUCUACUGGCUAGGAGUUUGCCAUCUCCUCACAGGGACAUGAGUCCAGAAACUAAGAAGGUCCGAGUACAAACAUCCAUGAGAAUACUCAAGGAUGAACCCGUUCCUGAGGGCUAUGUUCGGUUCAGAUUCAACGAGGACUGCCGUUACAACCAUUGUGGAUACAGGGAACAUCAGACCCAUUUCCACUGCAUGAGGAAAGACUGUGGCUACAGCUUCUGUGACAAAACCCGGUUUGUGCAGCACACAGCCAGGCAUGAAAGACUUGACACCUUGAUGGGAGGAGAUUUCCAACAGUACCGAGCAAAUGUAUCCUGUGGUAGACCAGAGUGUGUUUACACAGCUACUUUGGGCACUGUACAAAACAAGGCGUCGCACUUCCACUGUCUCAAAUGUGACUUUGUCUGCACGGACACCAACAAGGUGGUCGCCCACCGCAGACAUCACCAGAAGCUGGACUCCAUCAUGGCCGCCGGGUUUGAGAAGUUCACCCCUACGCAGCCGUGCAGUGCGCCAGAAACGUGCAUACACAGCAAGAAGCAGACUCACUACCACUGUCUGAGCUGUCAGUACGCUGUGCUCGGCCUCAGUCAGAUGACUGCACACAAGUAUCGCCAUCUCGAGUGACAAACCACCGCUCACUAUCGACUCAACUGCGCUCAACUCCCCACAGCGUAGUAGCGGUCGACAGUGCGCGCGACGGGGAAUAGACUGUUAGGAGUGACGUUGGACGGUGUGUAAAGUUGGUUGCAUAUCCUCUAUGUAAAUGCCUGUGAGUUAAAUGGCCAAAUUGUGAAAAUUUUGUGAUUUUUGAUCGGGAAUCGGUUGUAGUAUAACCUAUUUUAAAAAGUGUUUGGCUAAACCACAACGUUGUUUAAAAUUUUUAUUUUCUAAAAGUGUUUUUGAAUGUUAUAGGUGUUAAUGAAACAUAAAAUUAUUUAUUUUUUAAUUAUGUAGCUCAACAAUAAAGUUGCGUUUUAUGAAAUUAAAAGUAUAUAUAUUGUGGUUUUUUUUAGUAUUAUUAUUUAAGAGGAGAUGUAUGGUAUUGUUGGAUAAGAUGUUGCAUGGCAUAAGUUUAUUGUUGUAUAUAAAUCAACGUUUGAAAUAUAACAGUGUGUAAACAAAAUAAAAUUCAUUUUAUGGUAGAGAUGUAAGUAGCAAAGAAUUCUACCAAAAAUGUUCAAAUAGUUUUGACAGUACACUCUGGAAUUAUUGUGAAUGCAUUUCACUUAACUUGACCAUCGAGUAUUGACUGUACAUGUAGCUCAUCACUUAUAUGUAGACUAUUAUUAAAGCCAAAUAUUCUUUAUGUAUAUAACUACACUGUAUAUAAUUUUUUACUAUGUAUUUAUACCUAUUAUAAGUUUUGUAUAUUGGUUUGUAUUAUAUAGUUUCAAAAUCUGACUGCUAAGUCACCAGUGUUUCAUGGACACACUUUAAAAACCAGGACAAAGCUUUAAAAAGGAAACUGUUGAACGGGAAAUUUCCGCUGCUUUGUGGAUCAUAAUCAUCCCUCGGCCGACAUGUAUUUAUAUCGUACAUUCAUCUGACAUAUUAUUGCUCUUAGAUCACUAUCUAUGCUAUAAAAGACAUUUUAAAGUAAUUUUUGAAUUGUACGAAAAGGCUGUUUAGUUUUAGUAUCUUUGUGAUAUAUUGAUUAUUUUGCUUGUCUAAAGUGUGAGGCUAAAGUCAGCAUACUGAGAGUUAGUCUUACGAAUUGUUACUCAAAGUUGCCUGAGGCUCAAAGAUAAUGGCCACUAUAUUGUUCCGAGUGAUUCGAGAAUUUAUAUUUUUUUCGCGUAGACGUAUAGUUAUUUUGUUAUAUUUCCCAUAUUUAUAUUUUUAGAUUAGAUUCCUCGUAGUUUACAAGAUUCCAAACUAAAAUCUAGUGCCUUGCGGAGGUUUAUCAAAAUCGUGGCCAUAAUUUUAUUACGACCUUAUUAUUUUGUUAUUUAGUCUAGACGAUGUAUACCGGUAUCACUGUCCUUACUUUGAACACUCUAGGACUGGAGUAAGCCAUAUGAGAGUUUCAGGUUUAUUUAGAUUUUGCGUGUGAUGUGAUCUUUGUAUGUAUAAUAUAAUGAGCAUUCAAUAAGAAUAUAUUUAUUAAUCAUGAGUCUAGCAGAUAUUAGUUCUGUAUAAUGUUUUAAGUAAAAGUUUAUGUGUAAAUCUACCGAAAAAUAAAAGAUUUAUUACAAAUA